GAUCCACCCGUGUUCUGUUCUGUAGUCCGUGAAACAACGCACGAAAGGAUAGCUGUGUUGUUCCUCCCGGUUUGCGCACCGUAUUUGAAUUUAAUCGAGCCCUCGUAUGCAGGGUCAGAACAGAGUGUGUUAUCAGUGAAAGUGCCUUUUGUUUCCAACGGAUCGUCUGUCUCCGAUAGGAUUCCUGCGAUAAUAGACACGACCAGGCAAAACAAAAAUGGAGUGUGGAGUGACGGGGGGCUACACCAAUGGUUCUAGCGCAGGUACUGGAGGUGGCAUUCUAGCAGACGUAAGAUCAGAACGAUCACCGGCAAAAACAGGUCUACACGUCAAUUUCAAAGACAAGGGAGAGGUCAAAGAGAGACGAGAAAAGUUCCUCACUGCCAAAUACGGACACCACCAAAUGAGCCUUAUAAGGAAGAGACUUGCAGUAGAGAUGUGGCUGUACGAAGAACUGAAGAAAUUGUACGAAACUUCGAAACAAGUGGACGAUUUGAAUAGCGAUGAGGUGGAGGUGGAUAUAGAUGAACUUCUUGAUAUGGAAAGCGAAGAACUUCGAAGGAGGCAUUUACAGGCGCUACUCAUAAAUGCUAAAGGCUCACAAAAUGAUGUCAAAAAAUUCAUCAAUGACUUGCUAGAUAAAGCAAAGACACUGUAAUUUCCGAGUUGAAAGUGCCAAAAAGGUUCAACAUUACUUUGGCCCAAUGGAGCCAGCACAAAACACUGUUAUUUGCAUCGAUGUCUGUUUAUCGUUGGAUAAAAAUGAAGAAAGUAUGUAGUCGCCCUUGUCACCUCAGUUUGAAAGAAGAAAAGCAGCAGUUAUGAUGGUACAACUCAACAAGUUGAUUUGAGCUUUAAUCUUUAUACAUAGAUAUAAUAUUAAUAUAAUAGUGUCUCCACUGGCUUUCGUGAUUCCAUGUUUUUAAAUUAAUAUACGAUUCGUCCAGUACAGGAAUCUUUGUAGAACAUACGUAAUAUUCUCCAAAUUAUUCACGGAUGUGUUCGAUAAACGUAUGUUUUCUCCAGAAUAUUUUAUUUAUGAACGUGGCCAGUGACAAUGAUUUUCUAAUUUUUAUAUGCAGUGCUAAAUUUUUGCUACAAUAUCUAUAUCGCUAGUACUAGUCUAUGUAAUGAAAAAUUUGUUUUAUAUCUUCAACAAGUAAUUCGAUAGAUUUCUGCUAGAAAAUAUUCAGAAAAUACAAAUGUUAAGAUGGAGGAACUCACGUGGAAUUUAUAUAGAAUGAUUGGACUAUGUGAUUUGACUUAUACUUCAUAUCAAUUUACUAAUGUUAAUGCUAUUGCUAUUGGAUUUUCUUGAAUGUGAAAUCAAUUCAAAUUAUGGAAUUUAAUCGAAUUCUCAUUAAAAGGACAUUUUGUUGUUUCUGUUAUUCUCACUUCUAUCGAGUUGAUUUAUUGAGCUUUUUUGUCUAGCUACAACGAAGCGAAUUAUUGAGUUUAUUGAUGUUUCGAUUUUAAAAUAUUUUAUUUCGGCAAAUGUGUGUAAUACGUGCGAAUAUUAGCUAUUCUAUCCAUAUCAUUAAUAAUACUAGGGAAAACUGUCUGCAAAGCUUUUUAUCGAAUUUGUGUGUGAUUAAAAAAGCGAACUCUUAUUUGAAAUAUAAUAUCAGUAUUCUCAAUCCUGUAAAUUGAAGUUACGUAUCUUCCUUUUUAAAUGAUUAACUGGCUCAAAACUCAUUGUCAUAUGAUUUCAAGUUCAUUAUGUUAGCAAAUCAUCAAAUUGUACUUAGAUGAUUUCAGAAAUACUGAUCAUGUUGUGAUCUCAGCCGUCUCAAUUUUGACAUGUCUAUCAUAGGUUGUAUAGAAUUAGUCAUAAGUUAUCCAUUUUAAAAUAAAUACUUGAAAACAAA